UUUCUUCCUAACCUGCGGUCUGCGGGCCUAUCUCUAUCUCGACUUACAAUUCCGACAUAUUUUCAAUCCCAUGAUCCCGUCUUACGCCGAUGCCGACAAGUCCAUGGAAGAAGGCCAUGGCCGCCGAUGUUUUCUUUUCAGGCCUCCGUUCAAGGAGCAGCAGCUCUCUCGUUGUUCAGACAGGUUUCCCCACUUCUCUCGUUGAUCUCAUAGUUAAAAACCACGACCGCCUCAAGAAAUCUUCCCGCGAUACCAAGAAGAAAUCCUCCCUCUCUUUAGAAGUGCCACGGCUUCAGGUACCCGAGUGCCCUUCAGCCGAUCCUGUGAUUGAAAACCCUAGGUCUGCCGACCGAAGAACGGAUGCCAGGCCUGGAUUUCAAUUUAUGGUGAUCACUUUGAUCCUUUUGGCGGUUUUGGUGAUCUGGAAGAAGAAGCUUGUUGCAGGGAUUACGAUUUCUGCUUUUGCGCUGUUGAUGUUAGAAAUUUGUGGCCUUCGAGGUUGGAGCUUUGUGAAGCGAUGUGCGGAAGCGAGGAAGAGGUUGGAUUCUGUGAUUGAGAUUAUCGAUAUGGGAGCAGGAGAACGGGCGUCUCCGAUUUGCGAGAUCGGUGCACAGCUACGAGCUGAUUUGUCGGUUUCUGUUGUGAAGUGUGAAGAAUCAAGGAUUAAGGAUCAUAGCAACGAGUUAUUGUCGGAAAGCCGCGAUAUUGGGAAGGUUUCCAGGAAGCAGAAAUUGGAAUCUUCGGGUGAUUCUAAGGCCAAGAAACUACGGAGGAAGUUCAUGCUUAGGAAAUUUUGUGCAGUUGGAGAAGUUGUAAGAGUUCCUCAUUGCGUUGAAGCCACAGAGGAAGAAUUUUGCGGGAGAGAUUUAGUAGCGAAGGACGAGUUAAAACGUGUCAGCGGUGAUGAAAUCUGGAGCUUCAAAACAUGUCAUGGUGAUUUAGGUGAUGGGGAGGAUGCAUAUAGUACUCAUAUAAAUGUGGAUGAAAAUAAAUCGUUCAGAAUUUACGAGUUUGUCUUUAUUAUUAUCAUUUUAUGCGGCCUUGUGAGAGGCAAGGAUGUUGCUUUAUUGCUUUCAGUUGUUUGGUUCUUCCUCUGCAAAUUCAUCAUAAUUGUUAGGAGUAAAAGGAAGUUACGAUAAGCUCACUUCAUUGCUUUAAAAUUUGAAACCACUUUGUCUUCUGCCAAUCUGUACUGUGAAACUGCAAGCUUUCUAUAUGCAAAAAGGUGAAAGAAAAAUAACUACUUUAUACUGUAAUUUUCGUUUAACAUCUUCAAAUAUUUUUUAAUUCAUUGAAUAUGUUUAGUCCA